AUGGCGCUCUUUGGGAUGGUUUGGCUCCUCAAGGUACGCAAGCACCUACGACACUGUGCUCACUGCAGGGCCCACCUCAGGACCUGUGCCCAUUGCCGGGCGAGGCCCUCGCCUUCCCUGCCGUCCAUUAUCAACUCGAGGGAUUCCACCAAGGAAUCCUGCGCUCAGGACACAGCCUCACAGACGUCACCACCAGAACACGAGCGAGGUAGGAUUACGCUGGACCUGGUGGCGCACAGGCCGCCCAGAGAAGACGACAGCGACGAAGAGGCCGCGGACAGCAGCGGGGCAGGUUGCAGCGCGGACGGUGACAGUGGUGGGCACGACACGGGCGAAAGGACCGCGGGAGAUCCUCCUGGAGUUACAGAUGGCAAUGAAAGCGAGGCCCAGUAUCUCCCGUUCGCCGGCCGGGUGUCCCCCUCCUUGCCUGCCCCCCCUCCGCCACCUCCCCGCAGCCCCGCCCCCCCGCGAGACGUCUCCAGGUCGCCCCGCCGCCUUGCCGAGCCAGCCGUCAGCGUGGCGCAGCAGCCGUGCGAGAGCGCUGCCGGCUCGCUGGCCAGCCGCGUCUGCAGCAUGUACGAUCACGAGGACCCGAGGAGGGACUUGGCCAAGGAGCGGCGGCGGUCGUUCGGUUCCACCAAGCGGCGGAGUCUGCCCUCCGCGGAGGACCUGGAGGUGAAGAUAGACGCCCCGAUCAAGACGGCCACUUUGCCACGCCAGGCCUCCACGGGGGGCGGGUCCCGCUUUUGCUAUAACCCAGGACAUACCCACCCUUACGCAUGCACAUCCCUCACCACCUCCACGCCACAUCUGUCUCACCUGUCUCGCAGCAGCCAUAACAACACUGCCACCACCCCCUCCACUCAGCACACGUGGGACCCCUCCCUCCCGGGCACCCCCCUCCCCUUCCCACACCAUCACACGUCACCACAGCCGCCCUACCAGCCUCAUACGCCGCAGCCGGCCCACAGCGUAGCCUCGGCCCACGCCCCCUCUCGGGAGCCUCCCCAAGUGACACUGGACCCUCGCUGCCUGCCGACUGAGCCACCGGAAGGAGCGUACGGCGGCUCGGAUUCGAGUCGCAGCUCGCACAGUGGCUCUCGCAGCUCGUACAGCGACCACAGUUUGCCUCCUCCGCUCAAGUUCUCGGAAGGCGCAAUUCACUUCAUGCCGACCCCCGCCGCGCCUCCUCUCCUUGCUGAUGCUCAGUACCAGCCCCCACAAGGGAGGAGCUGGUGGCCCCAGGGAGACGGCGGAGGCAGACGCUCGUGGGACGCGCCGCCCGUGCCAGACCAUAACGUGCACUUCCGAGAUGGCGUUUGGUCCAUCCCAACCAGUUCGACUGUUACGACAUUUCUCGGAGCUGACUAUCCCCGCUACGACCCCACGACUGUGCCGGGUCGCGAUCGCCGUUCUUUCGGUCAGCAGGAAACACAGAGCUCCCCCCACGCGGGUCAAGGCACGCUACCUCGAGCCCGCAGCCACUCCAGGGGCCAUCGCUCCCCUGGGCGCAGCGGCCGCAGUCACUCCCGUAGCCCCAGCAGACAUCGAGGAAGAGUUGAUCUGCUAGAGGCGUGCGAAGCUGACUACGGCGGCCCAGGAGGAUGGGGCGCUGCCGAAGGGGUGGCGGGGGAAAGGGCGCUCGGCGUGAGAGCGACGUGGGAGAGAGAGACCAGAGUGUCUGGAGAAUCUCUGCCUCCUCCGCCCGCGGAAUGGUCGAGCGCGAGUCCCAAGGCGGGGUUCUGCGCGCUGCACGGCUACUCCAAACCCAAAGGUAAGCUUUCCGUCCAGAGGUGA